CCUCGCAUCACCGGAAGUUGUGAGUCCUCAACGUUCAUGCGGUUUCAUGUUGACAAAAAUUGUCGCUGAAAAAUCCAGAAUAAAUAUUUCUAAGAGAUUUGUACGCGCCUUUAAAUAAGACAUGUCUGACAACGAAGAUAAGUAAGUCGAGACCUCACUUCAGUGUGCUUUAUUAAAUAGCUUUUUAAUGAUAACACGACACAAUCUGUGCUAACGUGAACGCUGGAGCUAACGACCAUGUAGCGUGAUAGCUUGCUAAACUGUGAUCUUUACUACAUCUCUCCCUGUCUCUCUCAUAGCUUCGACGAUGGAGAUUUCGAUGAUGCCGAGGAGGACGAGGGGUUAGAUGAUCUUGAAAAUGUAGAGGAUGUAAGUUUCACCUUUAACUUGAACAUUUUUGACGGCCCUGAUAGUUAAAACCAUGGAUCUGUAUGUAGUGCACUGACCUGCCAGUACAUUAUUAUCACUGUUAUACAGGUCAAUGUAACAGCUCUGCCAUAAAGUUUACUUCAGGAGGCUGUUAUAAAGUCUAAAUUAAUUUUACGCCGGAAUAUCCCUUUAAUAUGCUUUAGUAUCCUACCAACAUACACUGCAACCUUAUCAGUGAGUGUAAAGAGCAGUUGUCUUGUCUUGUCAGUGUUUAAUGUCUCUUGCUUCUGUAUUUUUAAUGUUGCUCACUGCCACUUUGUGUUAAGAUCUGCUCAGUUUUGUCUUUUUUGAGUCCGACUCUCUCUGAUAUGUUUUCACAGGAGGAUCAGGAGAACGUGCAGAUCCUGCCUGCAGGAGAGGGCCAACAAGCAAACCAGAAGAGGAUCACCACACCUUACAUGACCAAAUAUGAGAGAGCCAGAGUUUUAGGAACAAGAGCUCUUCAGAUAGCGUGAGCUUUUCACUUUUUUGGCUUAAACUCUCACUCAGGUGAUGUGCACUUGUAUAUGUGCAUUUGUAUAUGGCCUUCAGUAAAUUUGUUUCAAUCAGUGACCAUUUGGUUCAGAGAAGCGGUUUAAGUGUUUUUGUUGUACCAGUGUUGAGAUCAAUUCCAUGUCCUAACACAAUAUUGUGCAUCUCAUCCGCCUCUCACUCCCCUCAAUUCCUAAAUAAAGGCAAAAAGGACCGUAAUGUAAUCUUUAAGGCGUUCCACAGCCAUCAGACCUCAAUACCAAAACAGAAAAAAAAUAAAUAGAGAGAAGAGCCUGUAGAGAGGUGUAAGAGAGAUGACAGAGAAGCAGAGACAGCACCCUGCUGGAUGCUCUGCUUCUAUCUGACUGUUUGUGACCUUUUUUCCUUUAGGAUGUGCGCCCCAGUCAUGGUGGAGCUGGAGGGAGAAACAGACCCUCUACAGAUAGCUAUGAAGGAGCUAAAGUAAGUGAAAAUGGUCAAGUUUAAAUUACUGGAAAUGCAUGAAUAAAAUGGUUUGACUGCAUCUUGGAAUUUAUUUUUGUUGUCGUUAAAAGACUAGAUCUACACUCUGUGAUACCAAGCUUUUUUUUUUUUGAUCCUUUAAUCCCUUACAUGCGUUUUUCUUUUCCCACCAGGAGCAGAAAGAUCCCCAUCAUCAUCCGUAGGUACCUUCCUGACGGGAGUUAUGAGGACUGGGGUUGUGAUGAGCUCAUCAUUACUGACUAAACAACUUACCCAGUCUGGUUCACUCCAACUGUAUCAGGUCAGUCAGCUACACAAACCUGAGGGACUUCUAAGACAGAUCACCCUCCUGUUCAUACAGACAUCUGACUCCAAGGACUCAUUGAGGAGGAGGAGGUGUGAAAUGGGACUUCACAUGAACUGAACUGAACUGAUAGAAAAACCUUUUUUCCAAAUAUCCUCUGAGCUGAGCGGAUAAAUUAUCUACCCCGUUGUGUUGUUUUGUACCAUUAAAACUCAAAUUCAAAGUUAGAAUCAACAGCUGUAUUAUAACUUUAAGCCACAAGAGGGCAGUGUAACUGUAGGUCUAUUACCUACCUUUUUUUCCUGUUGUAGUUUCUUUAUUUGUGAACUUUGAGAGAGAGAGAGAGAGAGAGGAGAGUAGCAAAAGAACUUUCUAUUGUUGUUAAUAAAGUCUUUUAUACAAACGGCCA